CCCCCUGGCGGAACCUCUCUGACGCCGGAACCAAUUUGCUGUGUGGUGCCGGCGGCCAGAGGACUGUCUUAGCAAAGGACCACUAAUUCUCUGUGGAGGGUUGGUCGCGGCGCUUCCGGCAGGAGAACGCAGCCGUGAGGUUUUCGUCGUCGUCACCGUCCCGCGAUAUGCACCGCCCGAAUUUUCGACCCCCAACUCCUCCUUACCCCGGCUCGGGUGCAGGAGGUUGGGGUAGCGGAAGCAGCUUCCGGGGCACCCCGAGUGGAGGCGGACCGCGACCUCCCUCCCCUCGGGACGGGUACGGGAGUCCGCACCACACUCCGCCGUACGGGCCCCGGUCUAGGCCCUACGGGAGCAGCUACUCUCCGCGACACGGCAGCAGCUUACCGGGGGGCCGUUUCGGGUCUCCGUCCCCUGGCGGCUACCCUGGCUCCUACUCCAAGUCCCCCGCGGGGUCCCAGCAGCAGUUCGGCUACUCCCCAGGGCAGCAGCAGACCCGCCCCCAGCUUCUGGCUGACAAAGUUGACAACGGCCUUAGAAGGCAUAAGAAGAAGAUGGCAGAUCCUCCAAACUGGAUUCCUGAAGGACUGUAUGAAGCAGUCACGACCUGAUCUAAUGAUAAAGUUAAAAAUUCUUAACUGUGCGACAAGCACACAUGAUGGAGGAGAUCCACAUUGGUCACACACACCCCCAACGUUUGUUUCCCGUGUACUAGGUGUAAACUCCAUCCAGUUUUCCUCGUAUUCAAAUAAGAUAUCCAAAAUCAAAUGAGAUGUAAUGAUAAGCUGAAAUAUACUGUAUUUCUGAAACAAAAAAAAAACCCUAGCAAUAAUUUCUGGAACAUUUCAGUUAUUCUUUGUGUAACAGCUUAUACUUAGAAAAUACUUCAAAGUGGCAACACUUGGAUGAGUGCACUAUGGUAAAGGCUUACCUUUAUGCUUGUUACAAAAAAAUAUGAAUGAAAAAUCAUUUGCUGUAUGAAAAAUUGGGAACAAUACAUUAAAUCUGCUGAACACAAACUUGAGUAUGUUACUAAAAUUUACUGGAACAAUACCUGUAUUUUAAAGUCAUUCCAUUAAAUUAAGCCUACCUCUCUGAUUUUAAGGAAAUUAGAAUCAUUUGAAUCUGAAGAGAAGUUUAAAGGAGCACAUAAACCCCUGAAAGGUAUUUACUUGUAAAACAAAAUACUACACCAAGUUUUUAUCUUAUAAAUUUGGUUAAGCAGAAAAAUUAAGUAUUCAAUUCAGUAUUCAUUACUCAACAAUACAAAGUUAUAGAAUUUUAUACUUCCUACUUCUGUAAGCUCAAAAUUCCUAUGUCAGUUCAGACAGGCAAUGGAGACCAUGGCUCAGAGUGAACACACCACAACCCUGACACUCCACUGAAACCCAACAUUUCAUUUUAAAAGGAAAAGUUAAUGGGAAAAUGGAUUUUGGUUAUGUAAAACUUGGCUUUAUAGCCCAUUUUCUAUUCCAGUGUGAAUAAAUUACCUGCAUUAAAAAAUCUAUGAAAUGGAAAAUAGUAUUUUAGCUGUUCUCUAUCUCCACUAAAACCUAACAUGAAAACCAGAAAAGGAUUUAUGUAAGGGUGACAGACACAUACUUGUAGUAAGAAAGGAGGAUCGAACCACAGUUAAAUCUCAAUUAAUCAGCUAAGCAAACAAUUCCUAAGUAAGCAGAAUAUUUCCCCAAAAAACAGUCACUUAAGUUUAGUCCUUCAAAAAACAUACAAGUUUUGAAUUAAAUACAUAUUUGGACCCAUUUAUUUUUUUUCAAUUUUUAUCAAGAGCCACUAUUAUAUAUGAUGGAAAGUAAAAAGUUAGGAGUUGGAAACCUUGAUCUAUAUACUUUGAUUCUGCCAAUAAAUAUUUUUGAUCUUUAAAGUCACUCAGUCUUUUUUAGGUCUAUGUUUUCUCAAAUGCAAAAAUAAGGGCUACAGCUUUUCAGCUCUAGAAGUUUUAAACUUAAAAAAAAAACCCAUACAACCUUUUCUUAAAAUACUAAUCAAAAGUAUAGUAGGUAAAACAAAGAUCUAGGGGACUGGAGCUCUGUAUAUAACCACCCAUCUACAUCACAGUUUCUGAGGGGCUUAAUGAAUUCAGUAGAUCCAAAAUACCAUUUAAAAACUCUAAACACACAGUGAAAACAAUUUUCAGAUCAUGUCACAGGUAUUGCAAGAAUAAAAAAUAAAAAAAAAAGAUUUUUUUACCCCAUAAAAAAUUCAAACUGAAGAGGACUUUUUUCAACUAACCAGAAACUGGCAAAGAUUCAGUGAAAGCAAAUGCCUAUUUCUAAUAAUUCUAAUUAACUGAUAUUUCAUUACAGUUAUAGUUACACUAGAGAAAUCACAGAAUUGCCAUAAAUGAAGAAUUUCAGAAUUACAUAAAUAUGUGUGUGUGUGUGUGUGUGUGUGUGUGUGUGUGUGUGUGUGUGUAUCUGAAAAUAAAGAAACAAUGUUGUCUGACGGGAAAGGAAUGGGCUUAACUAGAGAUACAUCAAACCCAGUUAAUUCCACAGUUUAUUACAUAAAAUCCACUACUUCACAAACUAUUUCAUUUUGAAAUUCCAUAUUGGUUCUAGUAAGACAAGUCAUAUUUCAUUACCACCAGACAUAAAAGGAGACAAAUGGGAUACACACACCAACUUUACCAGAGAAGUUAUACACUGAAAUUCCUCACAAGUUUAAAACAAGCAGACAUCUGAAGACAUAACUUUAAAAGAAAAAAGUACUCCAAAAUAAUAAUUAAAACAAAGUUUCUAAGUUUAAACAUGCAAUAUAAAAAACAUACAUUAAAGUUUUUCACUAAUCACAAAAAAAUUUGAAUGUGUGGAUCUGCAUUAGAAAUGUAAGCAUGAGUUUUUAAAAAAUUCCUAAGUUUACUUGAAAUACAUUUAAAAUGGUACUUUUAAAAAUUAUAUUUAUCUCUUAGGUGUUAAAAAAUGAAGUAUUUUUAAAUUGAGAUAAAUGUAUCAAAUUUUACACUUAGAAUAAUCAACCUACUGUGGUAUAAUUUCAUAUUUAAUGUAUUUCACCAUGAGAACUAAAUUUCUCUUUUGUUAAAAAUAUAAUCAAUCAGGUGUUAUUAGUAUAGCUUCUAAAACUGGUCUCUAAUGUCUACAACAUUCAUUUCAAAGUAC